AUUGUCUACGUGCACACAGCGCCAGACAACUACAAAAAAAGACUGCUGAUCAGAGAAACAUGGGGCAACUCAAUCUAUCACAUUCACCCAAUCAAAGUUCUUUUCUUCAUUGGGCUACCAAAAUCACCAAACGAAAACGCCACUAUAAAUAUGCAGAGUGCAAUUGAUCUGGAGUCAGACACGUAUGGAGAUAUAAUCCAAGAGGAUUAUACCGACGAUUACCACAACUUGACUUACAAGGGCGUGGGGGCGAUGAAGUGGGUAUCCGAGCACUGCAGCCACGCGAGGUUCAUCAUCAAAAUUGAUGAUGACGUCAUGAUGAACAUCUUCCUACUCUUUCAUUAUCUCGAUAGUAGGAAUAUCACCUCUAGCACAAUCGUUUGUUUUGUCUGGGACUCAAUGCCCGUCAUGAGAGAAAGCAAAUGGAAAGUGGAAGUAGAAGAUUACCCAGAUGAUCUCUACCCGAGGUACUGUUCAGGGAGUGCCUUCAUCGUGACCUCUGACCUCGCACAGAAACUCUACAACACCUCACACUACGUGCCCUUUUUCUGGGUCGACGAUGUCUACCUAACUGGCUUCAUACCAAAAAAGUUGGCCAACGUAACGCACGUUUCAAUU